AUGGCCAGCGGUAGGCCUCCAGGGUCGCAUUCAGCCGCUGGUCGCGAUGAAGACUUGCUGUUGGACUCCGGUCCCAUAUACAACAGUGGUCAAGGCCCGCCUGUGAAUGACGAACACCUCCUAGAACGUUACAAUAUUGACGACUCCGACGAACCCUACUCGCAAACGCGCCCUUCGGUAUCCUACGAUAAUUUUGUCGGAUCGCGUGUACCGCCAGGUACAACGCUUCACAAUGCUGGCCCCGGACCGGCGCAUCCGCCUGUCAAUCCGGGCUUGCAUUCAAACGAUCCCUACUCAAGCGGUUCCCGGGACCGAACCUACUCCCAGACUUCCGGAUUGGGCAAUUACCAGCGUUAUUCCUUGGACGACGACCUCGACGAUGCGCAUUCCGGAUACUAUGAUCUUGACGCCGAUGACGACCGUAUCAACCAGUCGCAUGGUGUUCGAAGGGCAACUGAGCGCAACAGUAUCCUCGGACUUGGGGGUGGCUUAAUGGGCAAGGCAAAGUACAUGUUUGGCAUGGGGAAUUCAAAUCAAUACUCGGAAAUGGACCUCCCUUUGACAGAGGCUGGGGCAAGAAGGGCGACGGUCGAUAGUGCUUCCAGUCACGCAGCGCCCCCGAAACCGCGAAAGAAGUUCAGCGCGUCAGAUCUCAACAUCUUCAAGCGGAGCAAAGCUGACCCUUCGACAAUGGGACCGCGCAUGAUCCAACUCAACAAUCCCCCGGCCAAUGCUGUCCACAGGUUCGUCAGCAAUCACGUUUCGACUGCCAAAUACAACAUCUUCACUUUCAUCCCCAAGUUCCUCUUCGAACAAUUCUCCAAAUACGCCAACUUGUUCUUCUUGUUCACCGCCGUUCUACAACAAAUUCCCAAUGUGUCUCCGACAAAUCAGUACACAACGAUUGUUCCGCUCGCUAUUGUUUUGGCGGUGUCCGCCAUCAAGGAAUUUGUGGAAGACUAUAAGCGGAGGAUGUCGGACAGAGGUCUCAACUAUUCAAAAACCCAAGUCCUCAAGGGCUCUUCGUUCCACGAGACAACGUGGGUGGAUGUUGUAGUGGGUGAUGUGGUUCGCGUUGAGUCCGAACAGCCUUUCCCAGCCGACUUGGUGUUGUUGGCAUCGUCCGAGCCAGAGGGUCUGUGCUAUAUUGAGACAGCAAACCUGGAUGGCGAGACCAACUUGAAAAUCAAGCAGGCCAUUCCUGAGACUGCCCAUCUGGUCAGUCCUAGUGACUUGAGUCGGUUGAGCGGCCGGGUUCGCUCUGAACAACCGAACAGCAGUUUGUAUACCUACGAAGCUACUCUGACUAUGAACGCCGGAGGCGGCGAGAAAGAGCUGCCACUAGCCCCUGACCAGCUCUUGCUUCGAGGUGCAACGCUUCGUAACACACCCUGGAUUCAUGGAAUAGUUGUGUUCAGUGGUCAUGAGACGAAGCUGAUGCGUAACGCUACUGCAACUCCGAUCAAACGAACUGCAGUUGAGCGAACUGUCAACAUCCAGAUCCUGAUGCUGGUGAGCAUUCUCAUUGCUUUGAGUGUUGUCAGUUCCGUUGGUGAUCUUGUAAUUCGACAAACCCGAUCCAAUAAACUUGCUUAUCUUGAAUACGGAACAGUCCAGCCAGUGAAGCAGUUCUUCAUGGAUAUUUUCACUUACUGGGUUCUGUACUCCAAUUUGGUUCCAAUCUCUCUGUUUGUGACUAUUGAAAUUGUCAAGUACUUCCAGGCUUUCCUCAUCAAUUCGGACCUCGAUAUCUACUAUGACAAGACCGAUACACCGGCCACUUGCCGCACGUCCUCCCUUGUCGAAGAACUUGGUCAGAUUGAGUACAUCUUCUCGGACAAAACAGGUACGCUUACUUGCAACAUGAUGGAGUUCAAACAAAUAUCUGUUGCUGGUAUUCAAUACGGUGACGAUGUCCCCGAAGAUCGGCGAGCUGCUAUGGAAGAUGACGGCGACGUUGGUAUCCACGAUUUUAAAACACUCAAGAGGAACAUGCAAUCGCACCCCAGCCAAAAUGCCAUUCGCGAACUGCUCACUCUUCUCGCCACCUGUCACACUGUCAUCCCCGAGCGCAAUGACAAGGAUCCAAAUGUGAUCAAGUACCAAGCAGCCUCGCCCGAUGAGGGAGCUUUGGUUGAUGGAGCUGCCUCGCUUGGAUAUCGAUUUACCAACCGAAGACCCAGAUCUGUCAUUUUCGAGGCCGAAGGACAGGAACUUGAAUACGAACUGCUAGCAGUGUGCGAGUUCAACUCUACCCGAAAGCGAAUGUCAACUAUCUUCCGUUGUCCAGAUGGAAAGGUCCGUAUUUACACCAAGGGUGCUGAUACCGUCAUUCUUGAGCGAUUGCACCCUGACAAUCCUACUGUCGAAGCAACUCUUCAACAUUUGGAAGAAUAUGCCUCGGAUGGUCUGCGAACAUUGUGUCUGGCUAUGCGAGAGAUCCCUGAAGAUGAGUACCAGAAAUGGUACCAGAUCUUCGACAAGGCUGCCACGACUGUCGGUGGUAAUCGUGCGGAUGAACUGGACAAGGCGGCUGAGUUGAUUGAGAAGGAUCUCUAUCUUCUUGGAGCCACAGCUAUUGAGGAUCGUUUGCAAGAUGGUGUUCCGGAUACUAUUCACACGCUCCAGACUGCGGGUAUCAAGAUCUGGGUCCUGACUGGUGACCGACAGGAGACUGCCAUCAACAUUGGUAUGUCUUGUAAGCUUAUCUCGGAGGAUAUGACGCUUUUGAUCAUCAACGAGGAAUCAGCAGAAGCUACCCGUGACAACUUACAAAAGAAAUUGGAUGCUGUCAAGAGUCAAAUAGCUUCUGGUGAUGCUGAGCCUUUGGCUUUGAUUAUCGACGGACGAUCUUUGACAUUUGCUUUGGAGAAGGAUAUGGAAAAGCUGUUCUUGGAUCUCGCGGUCAUUUGCAAAGCUGUUGUCUGCUGUCGUGUGUCUCCCCUUCAAAAGGCGUUGGUCGUCAAGCUUGUCAAGCGGCACUUGAAGUCUCUCCUCCUGGCUAUUGGUGACGGUGCCAAUGAUGUGUCUAUGAUCCAAGCUGCCCACGUCGGUGUUGGUAUCAGUGGUGUAGAAGGUCUUCAAGCAGCACGAUCUGCCGAUGUGGCAAUUGCGCAGUUCCGGUUCCUUCGCAAGCUGCUCUUGGUUCACGGCGCGUGGAGUUACUCACGUAUCAGUCGAGUCAUUCUCUACUCUUAUUACAAAAACAUCACACUGUAUAUGACUCAAUUCUGGUAUUCCUUCCAAAACGCUUUCUCUGGUGAAGUCAUCUACGAGUCAUGGACGCUCUCCUUUUACAACGUGCUCUUCACCGUCUUGCCUCCAUUUGCUAUGGGAAUCUUUGAUCAGUACAUCUCCGCUCGCUUGCUGGACCGCUAUCCUCAACUGUAUCGCCUGGGACAAGAAGGACAGUUCUUCCGCAAGCACAGCUUCUGGGCCUGGAUUUUGAACGGAUUCUUCCACUCCCUUAUUCUCUACAUCCUAUCUCAGUUGAUCUACUUCUGGGAUCUCCCGAUGGCCGAUGGUAAAGUUGCUGGUCACUGGGUAUGGGGUGAGGCACUAUACACUGCUGUUCUUGCUACUGUCCUCGGAAAGGCUGCUCUGAUCACAAACGUGUGGACCAAAUACACUUUCAUCGCCAUUCCUGGAUCAAUGUUGCUUUGGUUGAUCUUCCUUCCGGCUUACGGUUACGCCGCCCCCGCCAUUGGAUUCUCCCGCGAAUACUACGGCACAAUCCCAGUUCUCUUCGAAUCUCCCAUCUUCUACUUGAUGGCCGUUGUCCUCCCUGCCAUCUGUCUCAUGCGUGAUUAUGCAUGGAAGUAUGCCAAGCGAAUGUACUAUCCCCAGCAAUAUCACCAUGUGCAGGAGAUCCAGAAAUACAACGUCCAGGACUAUCGCCCGCGUAUGGAGCAAUUCCAAAAAGCCAUUCGGAAAGUCCGCCAAGUACAGCGCAUGCGCAAACAGCGUGGUUACGCCUUUUCCCAGGCUGACGAUGGUGGUCAAAUGCGUGUUCUCAACGCUUAUGACACAACUCGCAGCCGUGGACGGUAUGGUGAGAUGGCCAGCUCUAGGCCUUUGGCGUGA